UGGAAUUUCCCUCGCAACAUGUCGGACGUCAACGCUAUCGUGAUCGAGCCGCUCAAGGCCUUUGCCAAGAACUCGAUCCACCUCGUCAAGAAGUGCACGAAGCCCGACCGCAAGGAGUUUACCCGCAUUGCCGGCGCCACGAGCAUUGGCUUCCUCAUGAUGGGCUUCAUCGGCUUCUUCGUCAAGCUCGUGCACAUCCCGAUCAACAACAUCCUCGUCGGCGGCAGCGCCUAGAUGCCAAGCCUUUUUCUAGUGUUUCCUUAUAGUGGUUAGUAAUAUAUCGAGUCCCUCGAUACGACAUGGCGACCGUCCCGCAGCCGAA